UAUUAAUACAAAAUGGCAAGGAAGAAAAUGAAGAGUGCAAAGUCUGCAGAUGGUGGGGCUUUACUAAAGAAGAAGGAGAUUUCUAUGCCUCAAGUGGUGGAAGAUUUCUGUUCAAGAGCUAGUAUUGAUACUCCUUGGAUAAAACGGAUGACUGUCUGUAAGUAUGGAAAGUCCUAUGAAGGCCAAUGGGAUAGAAAGACAGGGCUAAAGCAUGGAAAGGGAACUUCUAUGAAUCCAUCGGGGGAGAUGUAUGUGGGGCGUUAUGAAGAUGGUGUGAGACAUGGGUAUGGAGUUAUGUAUUUUUGGAAUGGGGAUAAGUAUGAAGGACAGUGGGAGAAGAAUAAAAUGGAUGGAUUUGGGGUAUACACUUGGAAGGACGGAAUCGUCUAUAGGGGAGAAUGGAAAAUGAACAUAAGAACUGGAAAAGCCAAAAUGAAGUAUCCCAAUGGGAAUCUUUAUAAAGGAAAUUUUGCUGAAGGAUAUAAGCAUGGAGGGGGAACUCAUUACUAUGCUGAUGGAAGCAGAUUUGAAGGAUCAUGGCACUACAACAAAAAACAUGGGAAAGGUGUUUUUAUUUCAAAAGAAGGAAUCAGAACUAAGCAGACUUGGAGAAAUGGAAGAAAAGUCUAAAAUUUUGAGUCAGAUAGAGUUAACUGAGGGGUUGGUGAAAAUAAACUGAUU